GCUCGGAAUAAUCACGACAAAAGCAGAGGAGAAACCAGCAGAACAAAAUGUUCCAUCUUCUCCCCAUAAUUGUGCUUGUUUUGCUUCUCAUCUACAUCUUGAAGAAGCGACACGAUGGGAUGCAAUUCUUCAAACGGUUCAAUAUACCGGGACCAAAGCCUUCGAUACUUUCGGGCAACUUAUGGGAAAUCUACAAGAGAGGUCACAUGGUCAUGCAAAGAGAAUGGCACGCCGAGUUCGGUCCAAUCGUUGGAUAUUUUUUUGGACCGCUUCCCAUCCUGCUGAUCUCGGACCAGGAGCUUCUAAAAACGAUUCUUCUGAGAGACUUCCACGACUUCGCGGAUCGUCCAGUGAGUCUAGAACGACUCUCCGACUUGAUGGGGCCACCGAAAGGGACCGGCUUCGAUGAAUCAUUGAUAUUGCUUCGGGGCCAGCGAUGGAAAGACGUUCGAUCGACUCUAACACCAUCCUUCACCUCGAAAAAAUUGAAGCAGAUCGCGCCCGAGAUGUGCACGAGCGUCGAUUUGUUCAUGGAAAAUGUCGGGAGCUGUUUCAUAGAAGGAAAAGAAUGUGACAUCUACGAGCUGCUGCAAGCCUUGACCUUGGACACGAUCUGCCGAGUAGGAAUGGGUGUUGAUUUCGGAGUCCAGAAAGAUGUGGCGAAUUCUAAACUCUUGAAGCAAGUCAAGAUAAUGACCUCUUUCCCUUUGACCUUCAUGGCUCUGAUACUAUAUUCACUGGUCGACGUGGCCGCUAUCUUGCUCUCCAUCUUUCUCCGCUUGAAGAACAGCCGCGAAAACUCGGGGAGCGACCCGAUUACCGCUCUGAAGAAGCAGUGCUCGACGAUAGUGAAACAGCGGCGAGAGAAACCAGAGCUCAGGAGGAACGAUCUGCUUCAGCUUAUGAUUGACGCGCAAAUGAGGGAGGCCCCAACGAACAUCGAUGCGCUAAUAGCUGGUGAUGAAGCCGAUGAAAAUCGAGAGGGAGAAAAUACGACAGCCGUUCCAGGGAAAAUCUCGGCCUGUCCCUUCUCCGGCGAGGGAUCGAGAGGUCUCACGGAUGGUGAAGUCAUCGAUAACGCUUUCCUCGUCCUUCUCGCGGGGUACGAAACGACAUCUUCAGCACUCGCCUUCAUCACGAAGUUGCUCCUGCGGUUCCCCGAAGUGCAGGAAAGAGUUCGGUGCGAACUUCUCGAAGCCACGGCGCAAGGGAAGGAGUUCGAUUUCGAUCGACUGCAGCGCUGCCAAUACUUAGAAGCGGUCGUCCAGGAGAGUCUGCGACUGUAUCCCCCGGUUUACUUUUUCACGAUGAGAGCUUGCGCAGUUCAGAAGGUGUACGGGUCGAUAACAAUUCCGAAAGACGCCAGAAUCGCAGUUUCUGUCCGCGAACUGCACUACGAUCCGGAUGUCUUCGAGGAUCCCCACGAUUUCAAGCCCGAGAGAUUCCUCCCAGAGAACAAAACGUCGGCCAUGUCGUGGGCAUGGCAACCCUUCGGUGCCGGACCUAGGAAUUGCAUAGGGAUGCGAUUCGCCCAAAUGGAGAUCAAAAUAACGUUGGCUAAACUCCUCAGUCAAUACAGAUUAUCCUCAGAUCGAGAACCAUAUCAUGAUCCGAACAUCGCGACCAAUGUUCUGCCGAAUCUUCAGCGAGUCAAGGAUCCCCUCUCCUGCAAGCUGGAGAAACUCUGAUCAGAUUCAGUCAAACCACCGGGAAUCCGAGCCGAUCGAUUCUCACCUUUUGCCUCCAAUAUCGAGAGCUCAAUUAAGAUAAUAUCUCGCAGUAGCUUUCGCAAUCAAGAAUCACUAAGUCCGCUUCGGGGCUCCCAAUGACAUCGCGCUAUUCCGGGGAGCUUGUGCUGUCGACAAUCACUCUAUACGCCCUGUAUCUCCGAAUGAC